GACUAGCAAAGAUGAAUGGUAACUUUUUAAGUUUCUCAGCAGUCAGCAGUCUUGUCUUUAGUAUGUAUCUAGACUCUAUAUUGUAUAAUCUAUUUUUGUUUGAACUUUACUUUUUGACACUUGACACUUGACAGUGUGUCUCUGACUGCUGUGCUAACAUGUUUAUAUUUUUGUGAUUUAUGAGCUAGCGCAAACGCAAACGCCUAAAGUUUGAUUAUAAUAAAAUAUAUGUGUAAAAUAGUUAUUGCGUUACAAUAUAUUGUACUUUCAUAGAAUACGCUGUCCUGCAAUUAUAUUUCUAAAUGUUAAUAAUGAAUGAAUUGGAUUUCUAUGACGACUAUGCAGUUGCAGUCGUCGUCAAUACUGACAAUAUUUUAGAAAAUAUUUUCUCAUACCUUCGCUUAAAAGAUCUCCGUAACUGUGCUUUGGUUUGUAAAACUUGGUAUAGAAUUCUUAAUGACGAAAAUAAUGAUGUUUGGCGACUACACUGUGUUAAAAGAUUAGCAGAAGAAGUACUGAAGUCUGAUUUACUCUCCACUGUUACCACCUACAAAUCUAAAUUGAGAGCAUAUUUUCAUGCUUGGAAUCCUCAUGACUGUUCUCGAAAUAUAUAUGUCAAAGCAAAUGGAUUUACAUUGCACAGAAACCCUGUAGCACAAAGUACUGAUGCUUGUAGAGGGAAAAUUGGUUUUUAUCAUGGAAGGCAUGCUUGGGAGGUGAUAUGGGAAGGUCCUUUAGGUACUGUAGCUGUAGUAGGUAUAUCAACCAAAGAUGCACCUUUGGAAUGCCAUGGAUAUGUGGGACUGUUGGGAUCUGAUGAACAAAGUUGGGGUUGGAACUUAGUUGAUAAUCAUUUGUUACAUAAUGGUGAUACUCAAGGACAUUAUCCUCUGCUGAAUAACUGUCCUAAAUACCAGGUUGGUGAGCGAAUAAGAGUUAUUUUAGACUGUGAAGAUAAUACCUUAUCAUUUGAAAGAAAUUAUGAAUUUUUAGGAGUUGCAUUUCGAGGCCUUCCUAACAAGAAGUUAUACCCGACAGUUUCAGCAGUCUAUGGCAAUACAGAAGUAUCAAUGAUAUAUUUGGGUCCACCUUUAGAUGGCUGAUAGUAAGAGUUUAUCUAGAAAAUAAACAGUUUCUAGUCAAAAUGCAAUAAUGUGAUAAAAUAUAAUAUUAUUCCAAGGCUAAUACAUAAUAAUAUUAUUUAAUGAAAAUAUUGUAAACACUUGAGCGCUGGUGAGUAUUGUAUGAUAUAUUAUUUGUCACAAGCUAAACAAAAUAAUAUUAACUUAUGGUGUGUAAAUCUAAAUAACUACUUUGGAGUCAUGAUGCGACAACUUUUAUUUUUUAAUAUUGAAUUGAACAACUGGGUUAUACUAAUAGAUAUUGGUAGAAUUAUUAAGAAGCUUAUAAUAUUAUUACUUGCCCUUUGUAUGGUGUUUACAGUUAACAAAGGGAUAAUAUUUGAAACAUGUUUACUAGAUGCUAGUAAACACAUUUCAUAAUAUAACAAUGAAAAACAGGCCUUCAAUAUUAAACAACAGGUUCUAAAGAAAAUAUCUAAUGAAUUUGUUUGACUAUAUUAUCUAUGUCCCUUGUUUAAAUGUUAUGCUAUUCUGUACACAUUUAUAUCAUUAAUUAAUGAAUUACCCGUCUUACCUAUUAUUCAGAUAGAUCAGAUGUAAACUUAGACAAUUAUGAAAUGAAACUUUGAAUUAUUUCAGUGUACAUUAUACCUCAUCAGUUUAAUUAUUUCUUUUGAAAAUUAAGUUUGUAAUGCAGUGUGCGAAAAUAUAAUAUUAAGAUGCUAUGACAUAUAUGCUUGGAGAAUUGACAAAUUAAAGGUAAAAUAUAAAAUCAUUAUUUCAUUAGGCUAAUUGUUAGUAUUAACAAAUAUAAAACUUAUAUUAGUAGACUUAUAAUAGUGUAGACGUUAUAAUAACUUAACUUAGCCUUCCAAUGGAGACACUCUUUAAAUUUUUAUUUCUGUCAUUUGUUAGGUCUGGACUCCACCAAAGCGGAGACGAAAGAACUGGCGUGGAGAUGUGUAUUAAAUAUUUAAACGUUAAAUAAUUAAUACACAUCUCCACACCUGUUCUUUCGUCUUUCUUUCUCUUGUUCUUUCUUUCGUUUUUAACACUCACCAUCAGCUUUUGGUUGACCACUCAGUGUGACUAUUGAAGCUGAUGGUAGAGAAGUUGUGAAUAACACAAUUUUCUAUUAGUUGAUUAAAAUAAAUCUCCAUUCCGCUCGUCAAGGAUACGGUUUUCGGCUUUUCGCUGCUUUUUGUGUGGUUAAUAGGCAAUAUGGCGGAUGAGCUCGGACGCGUUACAAUAUUAUGAAAAUACACGCGCUCUGUUCGUGACACGAUCGCGAUUUCGCGAGCAUCACAAAAUAAUAUUUAACUGAACCCAGAUUAUGUGGUGGGACCACUGGAAGGUUGCAAGUAUAAUCCAUUUCAAAAUAGGCACUAAUUACCUAAUUAACACGUUUGAGUUCAUGAAAGUAUUUGUGCAAUAAAUAAUUCCAGAUGAAUAGGUCUAAUUUUUUUUUUAUGCUAGUCGUUAGGUACACACAAACAUAAGAAAUAUUAGGCAAGUCGAUCUAGGCGUCGGCCUUGUCACAAAAACACGCUAAAGAUAAUAACGUUAAUUAUCGUGUUUCUAAAUCAAUAAAUUUAAUGAGUUAAACCUACUUAUAAAGGGCACCUACUGCAAUUAGUUAAUUAUUUCGCUGUGUUAGAUAACAAAUUCAUUUAUUGGCGCCGUUACCCCACUUAUUUAUUGCCAUGUUUAUGUUAUAUGUAUAUGUAUAAUCUGAAUUAUCCUUGAAAAUGAUAAGUAAUUUCGAAACUGAUGAAACUUAACACUGUGCCGUGAUGUAGGCAUAUAGGUAAACUUAUCUAUCAAAUCAAAUAUAAUUUAUUGACUAGAGUUCAAAUCUCACAUAUGUACUGGCAAAUCUGAAACUCGUUAACAAUUGUAUGGUGUCAGUUAAUCAUUAAAGUUGCUUCUUGCUUGGCUGUCUGUGAUUGUAGACAAAUUUUGAUGUUGAAUAAUUUUAAAUGUCUUAAUAAUGCCUUUUAAAAUUAAAUGUUUGAUUUUAUUUGUUAAAAUAUCAUUUUAUUUAAGUCCGUCGAAGAUUUACACUGCUUAUAGGUAGGUAUUUUAAUUAAGUAACUGAUAUUUCGUAUGAAUACCCAGCAAUGAUGCUUUUCAUGAAUUCCAUUUGUCUAUAUAGUAGAUACUACUAAAUGGGUACAUAAAUAAACAUACACCUGUUAUUUUCUAAUUUCAACAAAACAAUAAUAGAUACAUGUUUUAUAUUGUCCUUUUUUAUACUAUUUUACACUUAUUGAUUGUUAUCUACUUAGGCAGAGUAGGUUCUCAUGAGUCCUGUUGUGACUUGAAAUUGGUAGAGCUUUUCUAUAUCUUUACAAGUAAUGUUUGUCUCACGAUACUUACACAAAAAGGUCUUCUAUAUGCAUUCCAUCCAUAUUAUACCUACCUUUAGGGUGCGGUGCCACUAAAACGUAGUAAAGUUGUAACUGUGACGAGCGGGGCUGACCUGUGAAAAGACUUGCCACUGAAGCGGAGUGGGGUAGAGCUAGAGCGGAACUUCUUUGCCUAUUCGCACCAUCUUGCGCCUGUUGCGUGACAUGCGUCCUCUGCUCUGCGUACUUCCUCUAUCGGCGCUAGUGUUAUCCAGUCUGUUUUCCCGAUAUUUUUAAACAAUUACGCUCCUCUUCGUCAAUGCUGUUUUCUUUUAGUGGAGUUGAGAACAUUUAUUUAUUAACCCUGUUCUACCGCAAACUUAAACUAUACAAUUGCGCUUGUUUGUUGCCAUGAAUGAUCCACAUUCCAAAGCAACUUAUUAUGCAGAUGUUAUGUACAUAAACAUAAUAUAACUAGAUUAUUUUAUUACUUGUGUUGUUAGCAUUUUAUUUAAAACCCUUUAAUGCUAUUAGAAACAUUUAUUUAUAUUUAAUAUUCUUAAUCUUUGUUGCACAGAGCAAUAUUACCUUCUGGGCAAGUAAAUAAUGUAUAACUCAAUUAUUUACUAUUAAUUUGUUGUAUACACAAUGUUAUACUUUUAUAAAUAUACAACAGAUAAAUAAUUUAAUUGAUUACUUAAUGCAACUUGAUUUGUGUAAUUUAAUAUGAAUUUACAUUAUACUGUCGUUUUAAACUAAUGUAUUUCACUACUUUUAGUAUAACUUAAUAAAUUAUGUAUGUUUCUGUUAUAGCAAUAAAACACUUUUGUUAUUUAUUUAUA